AUGGAGAGAGCUCAUAAUGAUUUAGAGAAGAAACUAGAGGAUUCAGAUGCAACGCCAGUGUCCUUUUCACUGGAAUUUUUGAAGGCCAUCACUUGUGAUUUUUCCACUGAGUUAGUACUAGGCGAAGGUGGAUUUGGGGUGGUUUACAAGGGAGUUCUCCCGACCGGGGAAACUAUUGCUGUAAAGAAGCUUUUCGAAAUACAACUAAAAGAGGAGGCCUUUCAGAAUGAAGUAUGUUAUCUUAUGGGGAUUAAGCAUCAAAAUGUCGUACAGCUUCUAGGUUACUGUGCAGAAUCCAAAUGGGAAGCGAUGGAGUACCCAAUUGGUAGUGGGAAGCAUAUUUUUGCUGAAAGCCCAAAAAGGCUGCUCUGUUUCGAGUAUGUAUCCAACAAAAGCCUCGACAAACAUAUUUCUGAUGAAUCUUCGGGCCUUGAGUGGAAUGUUAGAUAUGAGAUAAUUAAGGGUAUUUGCAAUGGGUUGCAUUACCUUCAUGAAGAAUGCCGUAUAGUUCAUCUAGAUCUUAAGCCUCAAAAUAUAUUGAUGGACUCCACAAUGAUACCGAAAAUAGCGGAUUUCGGUUUGUCAAGAAUAUUUGGAGAGAAGCAAACACAAACUGUCACUAAUAGUCGUGUGGGGACAUGUGGAUAUAUGGCUCCGGAAUGUAUAAACCAAGGUGUACUCUCGAAGAAGGCAGAUAUCUUCAGUCUAGGUGUCAUCAUCAUAGAGAUAAUCACAGGUGGUAGGGAGUAUCCAAAUUUCCAGCACGAUAUUCCCCACCAUAUUGAUCCAUCUUUCGAACGGUUCAUAGAGAAAGUGGCUGGAUGUUGGAGGAACAAAUUUGCGUCCACACCCAAGUAUAAAUCGGACAGAAAAUAUAGCCAGCAAGUAAAAGAUUGUGUCACUGUAGCCCUAAAAUGCGUGGACCCUAGCCGGCAGAAGAGACCUUCUACAAAAGAUGUAAUCCAGGGUCUUAAUGCAGUAGACCAGAUGGAAGCCAAAGAAGCGUGCCUGCCGGAUAUGCAGUGUACGGACAAGAUGCUGACACGUAAAGACAUAAUCAACGACAGGACGGAUGGUAAAGUGGCCGACGGAACAUCGUCUAAGGAUUUGUCACCAACGCCUUCGCCGGCGUCGAGCACACAAGAUAAUGAGAAUUAUCACGAGGCACUGAAAGAAUCUAGCGAAACAAGUCACUCAACCACAGAGAAUGAGGUAAUUGAAAGCCCCAUCGUGCGUCGUUAUGCCUACAUUGAGCUCUGCCAUGAAUUCGAACCCAAUUAUUGA